AUGGAUAAAGUGACAGAUAUCAGAUGUAGCAAUGUGUCAGUAGAUAAUUGUCCAAAACGACCUCGUCCCAAUCCAGGAUAUCCCAGGAAUCCAUCCUUGCCUACUAAAGAAACUCAAGACCACGGCAUCUUAUCCUAUUUUCCAGUGCAGGCUGCGGUGAUUCCCGCCCUCCUGGAGAGUGCAUCCCAUGGAUUCCUGGUGGAGAAAGGUGGCUACCAGCCCAGUGACAUCUGUGUGUCUGCCCCAACAGGCAGUGGGAAAACACUGUCCUUUGUCAUCCCUGUGAUCCAGGUCCUGUUGGAGCGUGUAGUGUGUCACCUACGGGCCCUGGUAGUGCUGCCGACAAAGGAGCUGGCCCAGCAGGUGAGCAAAGUAUUCAAUGUUUAUGCUGAUGGCACGGGUCUGCGCAUUGCCCAGAUCACGGGGCAGAAAUCUCUGGCAAAGGAGCAGGAGAUCCUCGUCCAGAAGACGGACUCUGGGUACUACAGCCUAACAGACAUCGUCGUGGCCACCCCCGGCCGGCUGGUGGAUCACAGAGACCAGACGCCAGGGUUCAGCCUCAGGCAAUUGCGCUUUCUGAUCAUCGAUAAAGCCGACCGAAUGAUUGACAGCAUGCACCAGUCCUGGCUGCCACGGGUGGCAGUUUUCCAUGGCGACGAUGCCCCGGGCUCCAGCCCACUCUUCCGGAGGGUGGAACCCGGAGCUAUAACUGCUGCCAGCACGAGCCAGCCUCAGAUGCCGCUCCAGAAACUGCUGUUCUCGGCCACACUGACGAGGAACCCUGAAAAACUGCAGGAGUUGGGCCUCGACCAGCCCCGGCUCUUCUCCACUGGCCUGGAGAGCCAAGAAUCCACGGCUCAGCCAGGGAUCCAGCAGGACAUGGAGGGGAAGUUCGCCUUCCCUGCAGGGCUCUCGCCUUUCUACGCGCCCUGCAGCCUCAACUCCAAGCCCCUGGUCAUCCUGCACUUGAUGCGGACUUUGAAGUGCUCCCAGGUUCUGUGCUUCACCAACUCCCGGGAGCACUCACACAGGCUGUUCCUGCUGGUCAAGGCCUUUGGAGGGAUCCCCGUAGCCCACUUCUCCUCCAGGUUCGGGCCUGGCCAGAGGAAGAUGAUCCUGAAGCAGUUUGAGCAGCGCCAGAUUCAGCUCCUGAUCAGCACAGACGCCACUGCUCGAGGCAUUGCCGUGAAAGGAGCGAAACUGGUCCUCAACUACGAUGCCCCGCAGUACAGCAGGACCUACGUGCACCCGGUGGGCCGAACAGCCAGAGCUGGGCACACGGGGCUGGCAUUCACUCUGUUCCUGAAAGGACAGGAGCAGAAAUUCCUUCAGAUGUUGAGAGAAGCGAGAGCCCCGGAGCUGGGGAAGCAUCUAGUUCGGAGUGAGCACCUGAAGUCCCUCGUGCCUCAGUAUGAGGAAGCGCUCUCUGAGCUCCAGAAAACCAUCCGGAAUGAAUGGAAGCAGAAGAAGGCCUGAGUCUGGCAGGGAUGGACGGUGUGCGCUGGGCGAAGCCCAAGGAGGCAUUGUGGGAACAGGGUCCAGAGCUGCUGAUCCACUGGCUUCGGGGACUGGCGUGUGCCUGCUGCCACAUAGGUGUGAUCUGGGGACUUGAUCACUGAGCAGAACUUGCCCAGUAAUGGCUAGGCCAGCAAUCAUCGCAGGAAUGGGGGUAGAAGAUUUCAUUUUUUAAAGAAAACAGAGGCUUUAUACUUAUUCUGACAGAAACAAUAUUGUUCCCUAGGGAAGUAAGAAAAAGGGGUACAUCCAGGCUGGUUCUGGAUGAAGAUAGAGGAGGGGACAUUCUCCUGCUCUAGAAAAUACCUCAGAAUCCCAAGGAGACUCAGUAUCUUCUUCUUUGUCCAACCCUAAUGUUGAUAUGAUGGUAAUAAAAUAUAAGGACAGAAAUAAGUGGAAAAAUAUGCUACUCAGAAUAUGAAAAUGGUUCAAAUAUGUCUACUUAGAAUUCCUUCAGGAAAAAAUAAAUGAAUAUAACAUUUGCAGAAGUUAGGGGCUCAAGGGUAAUUUUAUGUGAGAAUACAGAAUAUUUUAUUUCAAAAAUAACCUUAACAUUUGAAAGUUUAUAAUGGCGUUUUUUCAAAGAAUAUUUUGCAGCAUAUUCUACAACUUGAGGUAUGGUGGAUAGAGGGCCAGUUUGAACUUAGGCAGCCCUGGGUUCCAUUUCCAUUGCUGAUGUUUUGCUUGUGUUAUCAUGGGCAAAAUGCUGAACUUCUGAACCCCUGGCUACUCUGGAAGACUCUAUGUCAUAAAAGAGUAGUCAAUGUGCAUCACUAGAAAUUUAUUUCUUGAGGAUGUCCUAAAUUGAUGAAAUCAGGAGCUCUGUCAAUACAAUAACUCACUUUUUCUUACAGCACCUUUGUCUGAUGUCUCAGCAGCUUCUAGCCCUUUGGGAAUAUUUGCAUUUUCUGAAGUUUUUUAUAUCCUAGUACUGUAAUCGGGGAAAAUAACAAUGUGCUUUUUUUCUGCAUCUGGGUCCGAUAUAUAUGUCUGAUGUCCCAGGAGCUUGUAGCUAAUUGGGAAUAUUUGGAGUUUCAGAAGCUUUUUGUAUCCUAGUACUAUAAUCAGGGAAAAUGACAAUGUGCUUUUUUUCUGCAUCUGGGUCCGAUAUAUAUGUCUGAUGUCCCAGGAGCUUGUAGCUAAUUGGGAAUAUUUGGAGUUUCAGAAGUUUUUUAUAUCCUAGUACUGUAAUCGGGGAAAAUAACAAUGUGCUUUUUUUCUGCAUCUGGGUCCGAUAUAUAUGUCUGAUGUCCCAGGAGCUUGUAGCUAAUUGGGAAUAUUUGGAGUUUCAGAAGUUUUUUAUAUCCUAGUACUGUAAUCGGGGAAAAUCACAAUGUGCUUUUUUUCUGCAUCUG